AUGGUAAAGAAAGUCAAGGUUGUACAAAAAAAUCUCGAAAAAGGACAUACACAAAUGGAAGCGGAUAGUAUGCACUCUGUUAUUGAAAGAAAAAUUAAAAAAAAGAAAAUAAAUAUUCCAGCCGAAUAUGCUCACAUAGCCAAAACUUCCUGUACAAAAAAGCCCUAUCACGUGGAAUACCUGCAACAUACAUUUUUCAAAAAUUACGAAACUAGUUUAAAGUUUUAUAAAUCGAUUGGGCCCGGCAAAAAAGCUGGUGACCCUGUUGUCACUGAUCUUAGGCAACUUACAUACUUGCCUGAAGGAAAGAUAUAUUACAGGUUGGGCUUCACUGAUGACUGUCCCGAAAUUUUACUACCGUGCCGGAUACAUAAUGUUAAACCUCACCCCUUUGAUGACUUACCAUCUCUCUAUACUGAAAGACUGAAGAUAAAAAAAACAAAAUUCAACCACCUGCAAGAGCUGAAGCUGACCAUGGAAUCUGAUUUCCAUGCGUUUUAUGACUCUCUUCCUCAUGAAGAUCAGUAA